AUGGAAGAAGAGAAGAGAUUGGAGCUAAGGCUAGCUCCUCCCUACCACCAGUUCACUUCCAACAACAAUGGAUUGACCAAAGAAACAUCAUUUCUUUCCAAUAACAGGCAAUUAACUUGUUUUACAAUCGACAGGGUUGAGGCAGCUCCGGUGGUGGGAUGGCCGCCGGUGAGAUCAUCCCGGCGAAACCUAAAGAAGAGAGAGAGUGAUGAAGAGAAGGAGUUGUACGUUAAGAUCAACAUGGAAGGAGUUCCAAUCGGAAGAAAAGUCAACCUCUCUGCUUUUAACAACUACCAACAGCUUUCACAUGCCGUUGACCAACUAUUCUCUAAGAAAGAUCCGUUGGAUCUCAACAGACAAUACACUUUGGUCUAUGAAGACACGGAAGGUGACAAAGUUCUUGUCGGAGAUGUUCCUUGGGAGAUGUUUGUAUCGACUGUGAAGAGAUUGCACGUUUUAAAGACCUCUCAGAUCUCCUCGCUCUCACCUAGAAAAGAUGGCCAGGAAUAG